AUGAUGCAACGCUUAACGAUUUUUGAGGUGUCCGCUCGUCUGUUGGGACGUUCGAACACCUCUCUGCGGUAUGCCUCCACGUCCUCUUCGCCUGUCCCGGAAGACAUCCAGCAUAAAUACUCGGAAACCGUUCAUUUGCCAACGUCCAGCUUUCCAAACAGAUCGUCAAAGGAGUUGGUUCAGGACAAGUUGAUUCCACAGACAUGUACGGACCUUUACACGUGGAACUAUGAGCGACCACUCAAAAACAAUGAUCUGAAAAACCUGUACAUAUUCCUUGAUGGUCCUCCAUAUGCCAACGGUGAUUUACACGUUGGUCACGCCCUGAACAAAAUUUUAAAAGAUAUAACUACACGGUUUCAGCUUCUGCAAGGAAAGAAGGUAUUUUACAGGCCAGGAUGGGAUUGUCAUGGACUGCCCAUUGAGUUGAAGGCUUUGGAGUCUCUUCGCAAGACGCAGCAGAAGAGAGAGAAGACAUUAAAGAGCCAAUUAAAGAAACUGGACAAAAAUGGCACAGAGGCUCAAGAAAUCGAAAAGGAGUUGUACGAAUUGAAACACAAAAAGCUUUCGCCCUUGGAAAUCAUUCAUCUGGCCGAGAAACAUGCCCAGGAUACCAUGAAGUCGCAGAGUGAGACUUUUCAGAGGUUUGCCAUUAUGGGAGACUUUGGGACUCCCUAUGCCACUUUACACAAAACAUAUGUUAUUGAUCAGCUCACUGUCUUCAAGAAGUUCUUUGACAAUGGCUUAAUUCAAAGGAAAGAAAAGCCAGUUUAUUGGGGAUGUGAGAAUUUCACUGCCUUGGCAGAAGGUGAACUUGAGUACAAUGAAAACCACAAGUCCACAUCUGCUUAUGUCAAAUUCCCUCUUAGUUCUGUUUCCGAGAAACUGAGUGAUAUUCUUGAAGGAAAGAAUGUCUCCCUUUCCAAUGUGAGCGCAUUGAUCUGGACAACCACACCUUGGACUUUGGUUGCGAAUAAGGCUAUAUGUGUGAACGACAAUCUGGACUAUACCUUGGUGAAAACACCUUCAGGUGAGUAUUUGAUUAUUGCUGUUGAUUUGGUCAAUAGUGUUCUCAAGCUCGAAGGUGUUGAUCAUUCGCUCGAAGACGUUGUGUUCAAAGGUUCGGAUAUCACAGGCUCUACCUAUGUGAAUCCUCUCUUCACCACUUCGACCGAGACCUUCCCAAUCAUUGCAGGUGUUCAUGUCACCAGCACUGCUGGUACUGGUUUGGUUCACACGGCUCCCGGUCAUGGUAACGAUGAUUAUCUGGUGUGUUUGAGCCACAACAUUCUACCCUACAGUCCUGUUGACAACAGAGGUAGAUUCACAGAGGAAGUUGACGUUUCUCUGCGUGAUCUUCUCAAAGGAAAGGCUGUUCUGGGUGAGGGCUUGAAGUUGGUUCUAGACGAACUGAAAAAUCGUGGUAUGGCUCUGGAAAUCAAUCCUAAUCACAUACACUCGUAUCCUUACGAUUGGAGAUCGAAAAAGCCCAUCAUCGUCAGAUCGACCCCACAAUGGUUUAUUAACGUUGAACGCAUCAAGGAGGUCACUUCUGAAGCUCUGGAGACGAAGGUUGAUUUCUUUCCUCCUCGAGGCUCUAAAAGGCUCAUAAGUUUCAUCAAUAACAGAAACGAAUGGUGUAUUUCGCGUCAAAGAAGUUGGGGUGUCCCGAUUCCAGUGAUAUACCACAAAUCAUCUGGAGAGCCUUACUUGAGUGACGAGACCAUUGGAUCCAUUAUUGAGGGUGUUGAGAGAUAUGGCCUGAAUGCUUGGUUUGACUCGAACUCUCCAACAGCAGAUUGGCUACCUGAAACAAUGAAAGAAAAUUCAGAGGACUAUAUUAGAGGUUCUGAUACAAUGGACGUUUGGUUUGACAGUGGUACUGCCUGGAACGUGGCUUUGAAAUAUCUUCAAGAUGAAGGUCUCCUCCAAGAUGCCAUUGAGAGGGGUUAUAUUGCAGACACAGUCUUGGAAGGUAGUGAUCAACAUCGUGGUUGGUUUCAAAGUUUGGUUCUGACCAAAGUGGGCUCUGCCCCAACAGGAGAAGACGGGCAGCCAAGGAUACCUGUACUACCAUAUAAAGAGGUAAUAACCCACGGCUUCACUCUGGAUGAAAAGGGGGAAAAGAUGUCAAAGUCCUUGGGUAACACUAUCGGGCCAUUGGCUGUCAUUGAUGGUGAUAAGGCUCUCAAAUUGCCUCCGUUGGGUGUUGAUGGUCUGCGGCUUUGGGUCGCAUCAAGUGACUACAGUUCUGACAUUGCCAUUGGGCCUACAGUGUUGAAACAUGUGGGUGAUACUUUAAAGAAGAUCAGAUUCACUUUCAAGUUUUUACUUGGAAAUCUCGAGUCGGAAUUUACGCAGAAAGAUGUUGUUCCUUACGAGCAAAUGGCCCCAUUGGAUAAGUAUGCAUUGUCCAAACUAUACAAGUUGAAUGCGUCUGCUCAAGCAGACUACCAGAACCACAAUUUCUCUAAAAUUGUUAGGGAGAUCAACCACCAUAUGAAUGUCCAUUUGUCGUCGAUCUACUUUGACUUGAAGAAAGAUAUUUUAUAUACAGAUCCCCUCGAUUCUUUUAGAAGAAGGUCGGUGCAAACUGUGUUCGUUGAGAUUCUGAAGACGUAUGUCUCGGUACUUGGUCCAAUGAUACCUAUAAUCACCCAGGAGGCAUGGAAUCACUCUGGUGAGCUAGUUCAGCAAGGAUUUGACUCUCAUUUCAAAGCAGGCUGGUACCAAUUGCCCGAUGUCUUCGAGAAUGAUGCUUUGGAAACCGAAUUUGACGUGAUCUGGAAGGCCAAGGAUGCAAUACAAUUGUUGCUUGACCAAGCCUUCAGACUCGAUAAGACAGUGAAAAACUCACUGGAGACUGCAGUGUAUCUCUCCGCAGAUCCGUCAUCGGGAGUUUGCGAUAUUCUCAAACGGCAUGAGCAUCACCUGCAGGAGUACUUCAUGGUUUCUCAAGUCUUCUUGAAUCAGCAGGAAGCACUCACUGCAAGAAGUUCGGAUACCACGAUGCCUUAUCAUUAUACCAGCGCGGUGGAUAUCCAAGGUGAACUAAAUAUCGCUGUCUUUAGAAGCGAUAAACACAAAUGUCCGAGAUGCUGGAAGUUCGAUUCUGCAGAGGAGAAUGAGCUCUGUCACAGAUGUGAUCUCGUCGUAAAUAGCAAAAACCCAACAGGUAUAUAG